CAUGGCGGAGCUGUCGUCUGAAUGGCACCGCACGGAACCGACGGGUCCUAAAACCCGGCUGCGUGGAUGCCGCAGGAGCCAAGGACCAAACCAGCAGGUCGCGCCGGAGUUUGUUUAAUUCAGUCUGGCUGUGUGUCUUCCUCCUUCCCUGGGUCGGCUGGACAUCACAUGAUGUUCACAACAUCCAUCUCAGAGGUGUGCUGACGCCCCGAUUCGCUCCUCUCCUUCCCCGUUGAAUCUGCACCGGCAACCAGAAAAUGAGCUCUCACAGUCGACAAGUGGAUGUGAGCACAGCGGCGCUGCCCUCGCAGGUUUCCCCCACCACCACAGCCAUCCUUCCCAUGGACCUGCGUGUUGUGGACCACUCUCACCUCCGCCACCACCACCACCACCAGCAGCCUCCCUUUGACCUGGUCUCCCAGCCCCACGCCAUACCCGUGCCCUCCGCAGCUUCUCCCGCCUCAUCUGAGGCCGGCCAUGGGAUGGUCAUCAACCAGCAGGAGCAGCACCUGCAGCAAGAACUGGUGGCUCUCAAACACAAACAGCAGCUCCAGAGGCAGCUACUGAUCGCAGAGUUUCAGAGGCAGCAUGAGCAGCUGUCGCGACAACACGAGGCCCAGCUGCAGGACCAUGUUAAGCACCAACAGGACUUAUUGGCGCUCAAGCAUCAAGAAGAGCUGUUGGAGUAUCACAGGAAGAUGGAGCAACAACGUCACGAGCAGCAGCUGGAGAAGCAGCACCGGGAACACAAACUCCAGCAGCUCAAAAACAAGGAGAGGGGGCAAGAGAAUGGCAGGAACAGAAGCGACAGCUGGACGAUGCUUCCUAAAAGUGCAGUGGCCAGUACAGAGGUAAAGAUGCGACUGCAGGAAUUUGUCCUGAACAAGAAGAAAGCCUUGGCUCAGCGAAACCUAAACCACUGUCUGCCCAGUGACCCGCGCUACUGGUAUGGAAAAACACAGCACAGCUCGUUGGACCAGAGCUCGCCCCCCCAAGCUGCACUGUCGGCAUACAACCAUCCAAUGCUGGGCACGUAUGACUCGAAAGACGACUUCCCGCUCCGUAAAACAGCGUCUGAACCCAACUUGAAGCUUCGUUCUCGGCUAAAGCAGAAGGUGACGGAGCGCCGCAGCAGCCCGCUGCUCCGCAGGAAAGAUGGAGCGAUCACCACUGCCAAAAAGCGUUCUCUAGAUGUAGCUGAGUCUGCAUGCAACAGUGCACCCGGUUCAGGCCCCAGUUCCCCCAACAACAGCUCUAGUAACAUCCCCAGUGAGAACGGGAUCCCAGUCUCCAGCAGCCAUGGAGAGGCCUCUCUACUUCAGAGGCUGGCUGCCAGGGAAGGUCCAGUCAGCCAGCUCUCUCUCUACACCUCACCAUCUCUGCCCAACAUUACCUUAGGCCUACCAGCCACAGGCUCUGCCAGCACUGUGGUACCGGGACACCAAGAUGGUGAGAGUCAUCUGGCAUUGCCGGCAUUACAGCAGGGCAUUCCACUGACCCCUUCAUUUCUUCCCACUGCCCACCUGCCUUCCUACUUGGCAUCUACAGCGCUGGACAGGGAGGGGGCAGGAGGGGGUCCAGCUGGUCACAACCCCCUCCUUCAGCACAUGGUUCUACUGGACCAGAGCCACAGUCCAAUGGUGGGUCUGGCUGGCCUGCCGUUGUCUUCGUCCACCGUGUCCAAGCUGGUUCGGGGCCACCGUCCUCUGGGGAGAACCCAGUCGGCCCCCCUGCCUCAGCAGCCGUGCGGACAGACUCAGGCUCUGCAGCAGCUGGUGGUCCAGCAGCAGCAUCAGCAGUUCCUGGAGAAGCACAAACAACUGUUCCAACAGCAGCAGCAGCAUCUCAUCAACAAGAUCAUGUCCAAGCCCGGAGAUCAGGUCUCAGCUGCAGGUCCCAGCGCCUCGGUGCCGGGCAGGCAGCAUCAGAGUCACCCAGAGGAGACAGAGGAGGAGCUCAGGGAACACCAAGGACUUUCCUCAUCCUCGUCGUCAUCUUCCUCCACUUCUGCGCAGGAGACGAGGCUGCCACGGGGAGUCAUCAUCAAGCAGGAACCACCAGAUCCCGAAGAGCAGGAAGACCUGAGGGAGAGGCAGGCCGAGCAGGACUUCCUGUUCACACAGCAGGCGCUGCUGUUGGAGCAACAGCGGAUCCACCAGUUGAGGAACUACCAAGCCUCCAUAGAAGACGGCGGCCCGCCUGUCAGUAUGGCUGCACAUCGCCCUCUGUCCAGGGCGCAGUCAUCUCCAGCCUCUGCCUGCUUUCCUAUGGCAGUCCAGGAGCCAUCCGCGAAGCAUCGAUUUACUACAGGUCUGGUCUAUGACUCUCUGAUGCAGAAGCACCAGUGUGUGUGCGGUAAUGCCACGAUUCAUCCAGAGCACGCUGGCCGUAUUCAGAGUAUCUGGUCACGACUGCAGGAGACGGGCCUCCGGGCGCACUGUGAGUGUAUCCGUGGCAGGAAAGCGUCGCUGGAGGAGUUACAGAGUGUCCACUCCGAAGCCCACGUCUUACUGUAUGGAACGAACCCGUUGCGGCAGAAGCUCGACUGUUCGGUCCAACCCAUGUUUGUGAGGUUACCAUGCGGGGGCAUCGGGGUGGACAGCGACACCAUUUGGAACGAGGUCCACUCGUCCAGUGCAGCUCGUCUGGCCGUGGGCUCCGUGGUGGAGCUGGUCUUCAAGGUGGCAUCAGGAGAGCUGAAGAAUGGCUUUGCUAUCGUUCGACCACCUGGACACCACGCAGAGGAGAGCACACCUAUGGGUUUUUGUUAUUUUAACUCGGUUGCCAUAGCAGCCAAGCUCCUGCAGCAGAGGCUCAAUGUCAGCAAAAUCCUCAUAGUGGACUGGGAUGUUCACCAUGGCAAUGGGACUCAGCAGGCCUUCUACUCCGACCCCAGUGUUCUCUACCUGUCUCUGCAUCGCUAUGACGACGGUAACUUCUUCCCGGGCAGCGGAGCCCCCGAUGAGGUGGGCAGCGGAGCAGGUGCGGGCUUCAAUGUGAACAUGGCCUUCACCGGAGGACUGGAACCUCCCAUGGGGGAUGCAGAGUAUCUAGCUGCAUUUAGAACGGUGGUCAUGCCCAUCGCCAACGAGUUUGCCCCGGACAUGGUUCUGGUGUCCUCUGGCUUCGAUGCUGUAGAUGGACACGCCCCACCUCUUGGAGGAUACAAAGUGUCAGCUAAGUGCUUUGGCUACCUGACCAGGCAGCUGAUGGGCCUGGCAGGCGGCCGCUUGGUGCUUGCCUUGGAGGGGGGUCACGACCUCACAGCUAUAUGUGAUGCCUCGGAAGCCUGCAUCUCUGCUCUGCUUGGAAAUGAGUUGGAGCCCAUUUCUGACGAAGUGCUUCAGCAGAGACCGAAUGCCAACGCCGUGCAGUCUCUCGAGAGAGUCAUCGACUUUCACAGUAAAUACUGGCACUCGCUGCAGCGCUCCACCUCCACACUUGGCCGUUCGCUGAGCGAAGUCCUCCAGCGCGAUGCAGAAGAGGCUGAAACCGUCUCCGCCAUGGCCUUGUUGUCUGUCGCCAACAAGCACAUCGGAAAGAGGGCUGAAGAGGAACCGAUGGAAGAAGAAGCUCAGAUGUAAAGAAAGCAUCCUUUGACUGCUCAGACAAGUCUUCAUUUUUGACCGCGUCCUCAUCCAGUCCGUUGUAAUUUACGGUAGAUUCCCCUCCUGGGUGUUUCCACUGCCGUACCAAAGCGGCACCUUGUCAACGGAGGCAACAAGGAGAGCUGGCAAAUGUCCUCAAAGGUCGCAGCCAGUUGAAGAUGAGCGGCACAUUCAGCAAUCAGCAGUGCACGAGUCAGUCAGGUGACCCUCGCUGCACUUGGUCACGCAGGACAUCCUCCCACGAUGACCCCCUAGUGCCAGUGCUUUUAAUACUCCUGACAAAUGUACUCUCUGAGCGCCGGUGUGAACCACCUGGCGUUCAGCUGCUUUUCAUAUCGUUCAGUUUCUCUUCAUGUUCUCGUCUCCAUCAAAACCACUAGAGCUCUUUGUGAUUGUGAAUCUGCACUGACGAUGGAUUUUUGCUUCUUUGAAAUACGUUAACGGAACAAGCUCAUCGAAUCUUCUGAAUUUUUCCAAGGUUAUUAAAGGUUACGUCUGAGAAACGUCAGCAGGUCUCCAGGAUUCUGAAAUUGACUUUUUUUUUUUAAAUUUGCAUUUGUGCCUUUUUUUCCUCCCCAACCCAAGUGGAUUUUCUGUUACACGUAAAGAACCUCGCCUUAAAAACAGGUUUUCGGAUCCAGGCCCCACAAGCCCUUCUACCCUGAAGGGACAUCAGCUGCCUGUAAUGUUGUUGGCACAUAAACUGGAGGAGCUGGGCAUGUUUACCUGUAACCCCUGCAGCCAGCAGACGGUCUGUCCCCUCCAAGACGCUGUGUUUUCCUCCCACGUUCAGCCCAGACGGUAGUCCCCAAACACGAGCCAGAGAAGCCUCAAAAGGAAAUGGAACGGAUGUUUCUGUGGAUCUCACUGGCAUCAGUUCUUGUCCAUCAAAAGAGAAUUAAGUAGCAUCACUUUCAACAGCAAUGUGCUAAAUGAUUACUCAAGUCACCUUUUGUUGUUUUUUGUUCUUCUUCUUGGACAAUGAUGAAGCCAAAGCACGACAGUGUUCCUCCUCUGCUGUCAAACCACUCAGCUUCACAUCCACGACCGCGACAGUUUCCACUGACAAAUUGGUGUCACUUUUUUCAAAUUAUGAGGGAUGUAAUUGAUCUCAUAUGGCGCAAUUUGUUUAACCCGCCCUCUGUCUCAGACCAAUACGUCUCCGUGGUUACAAGGCGCAUGCCACCUGGGAUUUUCCAGAGGGUGCUCUGGGGCUGCGGCGGCUUUCCCAGCUGCUUGAACAUAUUUAGCACAUCUGUUCUCCAAAUGUAAGGUGCUACAAAGCAGGUGUGCGUCUGUCUGCCCGUGCACAUACAGAAACACAAGCUGUUCUUCACAGAUGUGAAGUAGCUUACACACGUUAAUAGCAGUUAUUUGCUUAAUACCUUCAUUUCUUUUUCCAAUCAGCAACGAUUUACACGAUUUAAACAAAAUUAUCUAUGAAUUUACUGUGACUUCUGUUUCUUUGCGACGUCAUGAGCCCAGAACACUUCCUGUUUUAUUCUCGUCAGCUUAGUUUCAUCUGUUAAUAUAUACCCAUUUUUUACAUUUCAGGCCUGCAACACAUUCCAAAGAGUUGAGACAAUAAAGCUUUUACCACUUUUUUUUAAUGCUGCCAUUACUUCUCACAUCACUUGAAAGGCAUUCAGCCUUUGGUCCAGAGCAAGCGGAGCUCAUUCCUUCCAGAGAUCUGGAACACUGAUUUGGUACACGGUGCAGAUUCUCUACUGUGUGAUGGUCCGGUGCAGAAGCCUCCGAGCCCAGGGACGUCAGUCCCACCUCCGGACAGAGCGGCCUUUUUGGUAAAGUUGUAAGUGACUUGUGAAUGUAGAAAGGCUGUCCCUCAUCCCCGUGGAUGAGUGGGCUACUGGUGCAGAAUCCAUCAGAGAUGUUGGAGAUCUCAUGCUGCCUGCUCCAACCCUGAUGAGCUGAAGUUGCCACAGACUCCAUGAAUGGUUUGGUAUUUUCCACUGUAGAAGGAGAAAUAUGCACGGUUCUUCCAGUCAUCCUUCUACAAAUAUUGUUUUUAAAUUAUUAAACAGUUACCGUAUUUUUUGGACUAUAAGCCGCUACUUUUUUCAUAGGUUUUCAACCAUGCGGCUUAUGUAAAGGGGUGGCUAUUCUGUGGAUUUUUCUUCCACCGCUAGGGGGAGAGCUAACCGGAAUUAGAAUCAAAACUAAGACAAAAUAAAUGCAAAGAAGAAUACACUACUUCUUCUUUAGCAGAUAGAAGUAGGUAGAAGCAGAUUUCAAACAGAUAAAUAGAUAAAUAAAUACUGGUUAUUUUCUCUUGGUUCUGUCCCGUUUUAAUCAAGUUGCUGCCGUGUUAAAAGACACUGUUAGGAAAGGAUCUAUUUAGGUACAAACAUGUACAUCAUUUACAGUUCAAAAUCCUUCUGUACAUGUAGUAAAUAUCUAAUCUAACAACAUAAAUAUAUUUGCGGCUUGCAUAUCUUUUUUUUUUUAAAUAGAGCGGAUGCGGCUUAUAUACAGGUGCGGCUUGUAUAUCUUUUUUUAAAUUAUUUUUUUUUAAAUAGAGCGGGUGCGGCUUAUAGUCCAGAAAAUACGGUAUUUCCUCACAUUUCUGAAAAAACUGGGGACCAUAUCUGCACCUUUUUAGUACCACAUCACCAGCUAACUUCAGCUGUCUGAAAUCAAAUCUUUUUCCAUUUUUGAUUAUUUCGUUUUGCUUAAUUGUCUUCUGACCAAAAUGUUUGUAAUGGGUUGCAGGCCUGAAACAGAACAUUGAAUAUCAAUGAAGUGAUGAUUAAAAGACAAGAAAAGUCUGCAAAUGUAUAAAAAGUUAAUGUAAAUUUAAGGCAUACGGCAAACUCUCUGAAGCCAUCUUUUCAACUUGUGCUCAACCGUCUGGGCGACUACCUUCUACCACCUUUUUUAUGAUGAUCAUACUGAGCAGGAGCUGCAGCGCUGUGGUGUUUACUGUUGUUUACUGUACAUACGACACUGAUCUCCCAGGAUCCCGACACCCGCAGGGAUCACUACUCAUGUUGAUUCCUUUUCCUCUCGUUCUUUCGUCAGGCCUUCAGUGGAGUCUCGCGACUUCCUUUUGUACCUUGCGUUUACUUGUCGACAUGCUGUCCACGCUGUCGUUGUUCACUGAGUGUGAGGGAUCGCUGUUUUCAGUGGUCAGAACAUGAAUCUGUUUCUGGGUUCAGGGUUUUUUCUUGAAUUAAAUUGUUUCUACUUUGUAAAAUAAUUGUGUAUUUACUGUCUGUUCAUAGUAGAUUUAUAUAUGAAACAAAUGAGUAUAUAAAUAUAUAUCUAUAUACAUGAUUAAAUACUUUGCUUUGAAGUUGACUUUGAAAAAUGAACCUUUUCAUGGCUGAAGUGCCGUCGGCCCCGGAGCCACUGAGGGCCCGUUUACUGUCCUGGGUUACAGUGUUUUUACAGCGUGCAAAUGUUUUGCCGCAUGCAGCAUCUUGUGACGAUCUUUGGCUUUAUUUGUCCCGUCGGUACCAGAACACUGUUACAGGAGGUGUGCAGUCGCCCUCUCCUCUGCAAACGGCCUGUCCAUGCACAUAUCUGUACCAUUUCAUAGGUGUUAAUGUCACAGCUGUCGCUGCACCGAGACCAUCACGGUUCCAUUCAUGCGGCAACGCCACGUACCCUUUCUUUCUUGUAGAGGACCAAAACUUUGUUACCAACAUUCAAUUUUCAGUUUAAAAGAAAACUGUAUCUGUCUUAAACAAUAUAGAUCAUUAUAAAUGUCAGCAGCUGCUAGAGUUUUCUUUUAGUAACCUAUACAUUUUGACUGAAUGUAUCCAACGUCUAACAGCAGAAAUGAUGCGCGAUCCUGCGAGUCCCCUGUUUUUGUCGUCUUUUUUUCUCUGAAUUGACCAGAUGGAGUCCAAACUGUGGGCUGUUUCUUACUUGUUUCUUCGUUUUAUGAAUAGAAAGAAGGCGUCAACAUGAAUCCACAUUUGCUGUAAAUAAUGAUCCAUGAACUGAGAAGAUGGGGGAGAGAUGGUUCCUAGGUGGUCUGAGGAAGGCAUCGUUGUUUGUAUUUCUCUGUACAUUCCCUCUUUAUUACACACGUGCACUGCUUUCUCCUUAUUUGUCAUUCUGGGCCUAUUUGUUGUACAUACAGGGGUAUAUACAUUUUGAACAUAAGAACAUGUAACCACGCUGCCUGCACAUCACACCGUGUUGUAUACACUGACAUUUCUGCACAUUUUGAUACACUUGAGGAGGAUUUUCCCAGAAGCUUUGUACAGCGGUGCCAGUUGUGGCUUUCCUAUUGUUAAAUGCUUCAGUUUCUCAAACACAGAGCAGCCAAAGCUACCACAGACUGGCUGCUUACGCAAUCUGUCUUCACAGUUGGUCUUAAAACAAUGUCCAAUUAUCAAAUAGAAGGAGGAGGGAAAAAAACGGACAGAUACAUUCCAUUUUAUUAGAAUUUCCAUUUAUUAGGAGGCAGGAAUGCUUUGAUUUUAACCCAGACUUCACUCCAUUCCUCGUUUCUCUCUGCAUGAUCUUUGUGUCUGCAUGCACUGCCGACCCGUCGUCUGUCUGUCCAUCCGUCCCCUGCCACAUUAUAGCACAAAUGGUGGAGGGGGGGGUUGAGCACUGAAGGACAUUUGUACUUUCACUGUUUCCAGACCAUCAUAUCUCUUCUGCUGCGCUUUUAUUCAUGAUGAGGAGGAGUUUGGGUGCUGUCCAUGUUGUGUUUUUAUCUGCAGCAUAUGGAUUCCUCUAGCCUGGUGGAUAUAAGUUCAAUAUUUUAGAAAACAAAAGUAGACAAUGUAACUAGCACAGAUGGUAGAGUUUAUUGUAUUUAUGUAGAAAAGCCUGUUGUGUCAGUGGAGCGCUUUGUCAAGUGCAGCAACAGGAUGGGCAUCGCUUUAAUUCCGGGCGGAUGUGACUUUGGAGGAACUUUUUUGGGAACUUUGGGAACAUUUUGUCCUUUUGUCACAUCUGGACUUUUCCAAGGGCUCCACCCAGAUGCCUGGGCAUUAUUACGGUUGUCCAUUCCAGUAAAUAAGCCAGUUAUCCCUUUGACCACUGUGGUUCAAAAACACUUCUAGGUUUACAUACGUAUAAAAUGCAUAUUCUGUUUUGUUUUUAGUUAUGUUUUUGACUUGUUCUGCCAUUGUUACAGAAAUAGUAAAUUUUUCUCGGGAAACCUUUGCUCUAACAUAUUGUCUUUGACAUGUACAAUAUAAAGUAUUGU